UUGUACCUCUCAAAAGCAAAACAUAACCUAAAAAGUUUCUAAGUGCUCCAUUACAAAAAUAUUAAAUUAAAAUGAAUUUGUGUCUUCGAAAACAGUAUUUCCGUCCAAACCUCAUAGGUUCAUUAUUCCGUUUCGCCACUACGUCAACUGAAAUCGUGGAAAAUGACCAAGUGUUCAUAGAUGAUGAGGAAUCUCAGGCUAGAGAGGCUGAGAUAAAUCAGAAGAGGAAUAUUUCUAGACUGACACCGGCUCAUUAUAACUUGGUAAAUGGACGAAAACCUUACGAAGAACCCAAGAGUCUAGCGCAUCUGACUGUUAAGUAUAACAGAAAGAUGUAUGGAAAAUACGGUAGUGCAAGUGGCGUGAACCCAAGCAUAUGCUUCCCAUCAAGGCAGGAUAUCCAAGAGAAGAUAGAGUACGAAGCUGUAGCAUACCCAUACACAAUACAGCAGAUGAUGGAGUCAGCAGCACGGCAGAGGAAAGAAGAAAGAGAGAAGAUUGAAAAGAGAGACAGAGAUGUAGCUGCCAAGUUUGCUAAGCUGGAGCAAUGGAAGAAAGAACUAAAUGAUAAACUGGCCAAGAAAACGGCUGAAGUUUCUGCUGCUAAGGAAAAGAAAGAAAGACUAGUAGAAGAAGUAAGAAGACACUUUGGUUUCAAACUGGAUCCUCGUGAUGAGAGGUUCCAAGAGAUGUUAGCCAAGAGAGAGAAGGAACAGAAGAAACUGGAGAAACUUGCCAGGAAGGAGGCCAAAGAGAAGAUGAUGAUCGCAAAAUUACAACAGAAGAAUGUAGAGCUUGCUGAUGCUAAGAAGUGAAUAGGUUAGUUUAUGUAGAUUAGUGUAUCAUAAUGUUAGUGUAAUAAAAAGAUUAUUUAAAA